ACUGUAAAACUAAGGCUCCGGCUCUUAACAAACAACGCGAACAAGAAAUUACUAAACUGAUCACCUCCUAUCGCCAAACUGGAGUUAGUUUAACUUCCAUUGUAGCUAAUGUCAUUUGUUUAGCCAUUGUCCGGAAUUACUAUAUCAAAAUGCGAGGACUAACCAUUGAAUUGAAAAAGAAAAACGGCAAAGAGCAAAAACAACUGGAUGAACUCCAAAAAAAGCUCUUAGAAAAGGUAAAACCCGGUCGCAAACCUUCGGAUAUCAAACGCUUAAAAAGAAGUAAAAGUGAUAGUGAUCUUGCUCCUAUUCCAGUCGCUCCACCUAACCUUUUACAAGACCAAUUAACCCAAAAACAAAAAGAAUUAGAAGAAUUAAGAGCAAAAUUAGAAAUCGCUCACCAAGCCUUAAAAGAAAUUAAACAACUCUUAGAUAAUUCCCUCGAAGCUCGCACCAAUGCUCUAUCCGAAUGA